UUUAAAAUACCACACUGUGACACUGUGGGUGGAAUAAACAAUUUUUCGGAUUUGUUUAUUUGUUUCCAUGACUGAGAGUUGGGCGUCGGAGGUAUCUUUCUUCUUAUUUUCGAGUAUAUAUGAAACAUUUACAGGAUUAAAGUGUUAAGAAAAAUGCUAAGUCAUGUGUUCCACGGCGCCUCCCGAGAUUAAGAAUGGUUAUGUUUCAUACGACUCUCUUGACACCGGUGCAGCAUGGGCACUUAAUGACGUAGCAGUAUACAAAUGUUUCAAGUACUAUGGGCUAGUAGACAACUAUAAACAGACCUGUUCAGGGACGACAGGUUUAUGGACAGGAACGGUGCCAAAAUGCGAAUAUCACAUAUGGACGGAAAUCGUGUUUUGGGUGGUGUUGGUCCUGCUUAUAUUGCUGCUGUUGUUGCUGCUGCUGUUGAUUAUCUUCCUUUGCUGCUACUUCUGUAGAUGUUGUAAAAGAUGUGGCAAAGGCGGGCGAGACCGCGGGGAGGAAGAUGUUGAACGCGGUAGGAGAAAGAAACGCCCCGACAGCGAUGGCAAAAACCGAAGAGGUCGAGAUAAAUCUCCGAGACAUAGAAAGGACGAUAAUGACGAUGAUUCAUCUUGUACAUGUUGCGCUUGCUGCGGUCCUCGGCAAAAGAAAGAAAAGGUUGAGAGAAAAGGGUCAUCUCGAAGACGUCGUUCAAGGUCCCCGAAAAACGACAGAGGGGAGAAAGAAAAAACACCAUGCUGCGCUUGUUGCUAUGGUUCUAAGACAAAAGAAAAGAAGCAAAAAUCACGUGAAGGUUCUCCAAAAACAAGCCGGUCGAGGUCACCAAUUGGACGUGAUCACAAAGAUAAAGAAGACAAAGAUGAAGCUAAAACAGGAUGUUGUGCUUGUUGCUACGGUUCUAAGACAAAAGAAAAGAAACAAAAAUCACGUGAAGGUUCUCCAAAAACAAGCCGGUCGAGGUCACCAAUUGGACGUGAUCACAAAGACAAAGAAGACAAAGAUGAAGCUAAAACAGGAUGUUGUGCUUGUUGCUAUGGUUCAAAGACAAAAGAAAAGAAACAAAAGUCAUAUGCAGAUUCGUCUGAACGUGAAGGCUCUCCAAAAACAAAGCGGUCGAGCUCGCCACAUGGAGGUUAUCACAAAAAUAAAGAAAACGGGGAAGAAGCUAAAACAGGAUGUUGCGCUUGUUGCUAUGGUUCAAAGACCAAAGAAACGACACCAAAGAGACGAGAAACAUCGCCAAAGCAUAAAGGGGCUUCGACAAGGUCCCGUUCAAAGUCACCAAAGGGGGAUGGUCGCAAAGAAAUUGAAGACGAUCAGGACGAAGCUAACACUGGGAGCUGCGCUUGUUGCUAUGGUUCUCGAACGAAAGAAAAGAAAUCAGGACAACCAAAAUAUUCACCAAAACGUAAAGACUCACUGAAGCGAGACCGUUCUAGAUCGCCAAAGAGAGGUACUGAUGAAACAAAAGUAAAAGAUGACGAGGAGGAGGCCACGCCUGGGUGUUGUGCUUGUUGUUCUGGCUCAAAGAAGAAAGAAAAGAAACAACCACAACAAAAUGCGUCUUCAUCACUUCAAGAUGCUCAAGAUCACGUAGAUGAGAAGAAAAAUGACAGGAAUAAUACUGUGAGGAAACAUCCUAAAGAAAAGAAAACACCGAAAACAAAAGUUUCAGCAAUAAAAGACCCCGAUGAAUCACUUAUAGAUGAGGAAGUUAAACGAAUGCAAGAGGAGCAGGAGAGGAAAGAACAAGAACGAGAAAGAAGACGACUGAAACAGAUAGAAGAGGAAAGAAAAAGGGAUCAAGAGAAAAAAGAAAAGGAAAGAGAAAGAGAGAUUCAGCGACAACAGCAAAGAGAACUUGCACGCAUUGAAGAAGAUAAAAGAUUACAAGAUGAAGAUGACAUAUUAAGAGAAAAAGAAGAUGAAAGGAAAAGGCGGCUAGAGGAAAGAAGACAAGAAGAGCUUGAACGAAAAAGAGAGAGGGAGGAACGGGAAAGAGAAAGAGAACUUCAAAGGCAGGAAAGACUGGAGGCAGAAAGACAAAAGCAAGAAGAACGGUUGAAAGAACUUGAAGAACGGGAGAGAGAAAGAGAAGAAUUAAGACUGCAACAACAACAACUUGCGAAACAACGAGCGGAGCGAAGGAAAAAAGAAAGAGAAGAAAGGGAAGAGGAACGGAAACUGCGAAUCAAAGACUUACAGGAUCAGAAAUGGCGCACAGAAGAGAAAGGAGUAAGUGAUAAUGAUGAUUACUUAGAAAAUGAGUCUCCAUACAACAGUCCAGAAACUUCAAGAAAAAAGAAGAAAACAUACAAGUCAAGAAGAAAUGUCAGACCGAGAUAUCUAGACUACAUGAAUGAUAGAACAGGUGAUCCAAAAAUAUAUAGACCGUAUAAAGCAGCCAAGCCUGCAGAUUUUUGGUGCCCUUUCGUUCACAAUGUAAGGCAGAUUAAUACAAGUACACUGUACCUAUUGGUAUCUGUUGGAUUUGGAGUUGGAGUUGGAGUUGGAGUAACCGGUCUACAUCUGUGCAUCGAACGGAACGUUUGUAGUUUUCGAAGCAGAAUACUUCUUCCGGUUACGUCUUUCCUUGGAAGCAUGGCUCUAUCAUGUACAUCACCAGAAGUGGUAGAGAAUGGUUAUGUUUCGUUUGAAUCUCUUGCAUCAGGUCCAACAUGGAAUGACGGUGAAUAUGUUGUCUACAAAUGUUUCAAAUUUUAUGGACUAGCUGAAACAGACAGACGGAAAUGUGAUAAUAAUGUAUGGUCCGGGACUGCCCCAAAAUGUGAAUAUCACCAGGAAACAGAAAUCGUGUUUUGGUUGGUAUUGGCCCUGUUGAUACUGCUACUAUUGUUACUGCUAGCAUUGGUUAUCUUCACUUGCUGCUACUUCUGUAGGUGUUGUAAAAGGCAUGGAAGAAGCAGAGACAAACACAAUGCUAACACCGGUUCCCGUAAGAAACGAAAUAGUGAGUCUUCCAACAGAACAAGCCAUAAUGACGAAAAGCCGUCGCGUAGAAAAGAUAACAAAGAGGAAGCCCUGUGCUGUCCUGGAUGUUGUUGUCCUACAAAGAAGGAAACUAAAACACAUGGUCGCCCUAAAUCAGCGAACCGCAGUAGAUCAGAGUCUCCGGAAAGAGAAAACCACGAUGGAAAACUGGCAGGUACUUGUUGUGCUGUUUGCUGCGUUUCAACGCAAAAAACAGAAACACCUAAUCAGGACAAACCGCAGUCUUUCAAAAACGGUCAUCGAUCAAAAUCUCCGGUAAAUGAAGAACAUGAUAACAUUGUAAAUGAAUAUAAUGAUGAUGUAAAGCCUGGAUGUUGUGCUUGUUGUAACAGUAAGCCGACAAAGAAGCAAGUAAAUGAAACACAACAUUUUGCUUAUGACGAAGUUACACCAGCAGAAAAGAAAAAGAAUUACCAAGAAUGCUUAGACCCAGAACCAAAAAUGUCGGAGCGCGGUACAAACACAAGAGCAGAAAGAGCUAAAGAAUCAAAGAGUAUCCGACCUUCUGUUGAAACGAAAAACCCUGUUUACGCAGGUUAUUCUGAAGAUCCUGAUAUUGAACUUGUCGAGGAAGAAAAAGAUACAUUAAGAAAACAGCAGAAACAAAUUCAGGAUGAAAAGGAUAAGGAAAUUCAACGUGUUCAAGAGGAAAGGAAAAUUGCAGAUGAAAGAAAAAAAGAAAUUGAACAUUUGCGAGAAGAGGAAAUGGAAAAAGACAAGAAAUGCCAAAAAGAUUUAGAAGAACAGAAAGCAAAAUUUGAUGAUCAGAGGCAACAAAAGCUACAAGAACAAGAAUUUGCAAGGCUUCAGGCUGAAAGGGAGAGAAAGCACAAAGAAGAAGAGCAUCAACAGGAAAUAGAAGAUCAGUUACGGAAAGAAAGAAUAGAACAACAGAAAAGAUAUGAAGAGGAAAGGUUGAAUGCACUUGCAAAACAGAAAGAAAAAGAAGCUAAAGAGCGUGAAGAAGAACUUGAGAAACAACGACUGCGAGAAUACGAACGGCAAAGACAAAUGGAAAUAAUAGAAAGAGAACACCAAUUGCAAGUUGAAAAGCAAAAAGCUGAAAAGGAAAAAAGAGAAAGCGAAGAAAGACAGAAAGAACAAAAGAGGCAGCUGGAAGAAAAGAAGAGAGAGAAGGAACAACAAAAGUUACAGCAACAGGAACUUGCUAGACAGUUAGCGGAACAACAUAAAAAAGAAGAAUGGCAUCGUAGAAAUGAACUGUUUCAAAAAGAGCAAGACCAAUUGAGAAGGGAAGAAUCUCAUAAGCCAGAGCCUUAUCUAAAGCAGACUAGAAAAGCCCUAUAUUCAAGUAAUCGAGCAAACUACUCUGGAGGAAACGAACCAACUUCAACAGAGACUGGUGACUACAAGCAUCAGUUUGAUAAUCUAAAACGAAAGAGACCUUUAAAGUUGAUAAACUCGAAUGACAAAUAUCUGAAAGGUCUAAUGGACGAUGAUAUUGGCAAGAAGGGUACACGUAAUCCUAAAGUCUAUAAUCCAUUUAAAUCACACAAAGGAUCAGAGGUACCUACAACAUAUGAUAUGUAUGGACAUGCAAGUGAUACACCUGGUCGCACAAGAUAUUCAGAUAAUAAUAUACAUUCUAAUGAAGGACAGAAGAAACCAUUGAAACUGAUAAAUUCGAAUGAUAAAUUUGUGACAGGAAUGGUUGAUGAUUCAGUAAGCAGAAGGGCUACGAAAAACCCACUGGUAUACAGACCAUAUAAACUUGAAAAACCAUCAUUUACAGAUAAAUCAUAACAUGAAACUUUGAACAGACUGAUUUGACCCGAGUCUGCUAUUAGUUUGCUUGGUUAGGUUCUCCGAGUUUCGUUUAUUAACUAUUAUAUCAGCUGUCUUUAAGUGCCAUGUGGUGGCUGUAAAGUCUCUCCUUACUUAGAAGCAUACAGGUACUAAAUAGGAAAAUCAUGCGAAAAAAGGUAGAAUAAUGACAGAUUUAAAUUUGCUUUGUAAGCUAUUUUCCUUAUUUUCCUUGCAUUAUUUAGCUGAAUUCACAUGACGGAUCUAUGCUUGACAUGUAGGUAGCAUUUUCAUUAUGAAAUAAUAGAAUGACGGAAUUUGCCAUGAAAAUUUAGAUCAUACUCCACCGCUACAACUUGGAGUCUCAUUGUUUAGCUGAUUUUGCAGUUUGUGUGUUUGACUGAAAACAUCUUUCUUGCAUCAAAUAUGACCCUUACUUUUCUUUUGAUUUUUAUUCGGCACUGACAAUAUUCUUCAUAAAAAUGUUAGUUACAGACAUUUAAAAUGGGUCCUGAUGUGCUCUCCGGCCAUUGGAAAUAUGUCAAUUUUAUGUAGAAUAAAGAAGAAUAGAUAUUUAGUGUGUUGUAACCUAGACUCAGAGUUAACACAUAUCCUGGUCCUUUGAAAUCAAAGUAUAUUCUAUUUUCAAUCUUUAAUAGAGUCCCAACUAAGCCGGAGCCGGGAUACGGGAUGGAUGUUGCACCUUUCAUACCCUCUCAUGAAAAAUUCCAUCAAACUAAGCCUGAUAUGACGUAAAAACACAUUGUUCUAGACUGGCUCCCGUCCCUAUGUUUGUUCUUAUUUACAUUUGUAUAAGUUUAUUUAUUGAGGGAAGUAACUCCAGCAGGUUGUUUCUACAUUGACAUUUUUAUUGUCCCUGGCUCCGAACAUAGGUAUGGUUCAGCCAUCAGAUAAAAUGUGCUAUUUUAGAGGCUUAAACGAUUUUCUUAUUUUGCUUGCAGUAUUUAUAUAAAAAAAUAACCAUGCAGCCAGGGAGCCAGGCUAACAUUGUACAUAAACAUGCAUUUUCUAAUUUACUUCAGAUAAGUUGAAGGCAGAUCGAUUCCCGAUUUAGGUAAUGCCUCGAUUCAUAUUAAAUGCUGUACAUUUACAUACUUUGUAAACGUUUUUAUAUAUGUGUAUCUUUAAAGAUAAAAAGGAUUUAAAAUGACCAAGACAACACAUUCUUGACU